AUGCCUGUCGAGGUCGCUUUCGACUCGCCGCUGGCGGCAGCCAUCAACACGGCGAUUCAACCAAAGCUACAGCAAGUGGGAUGGGCCAGUGAGCAGGAUGCGUCUUCGCUCGCUGAGCUGAUUGUGCUUAUGCUCGCCAACGGCAAGUCGGAAGAAGAAAUCGCCGCCGAGAUGGCCGGCGACUUGCUGCAUUUAGAGCCUGGCGAUGCCACGGCGCGCGAAUUUUCGAAGUGGCUUUUCCAGCAAAUCGAUGAGCUCAAUGCGCAGAUUAACGGUGCCCCCCAACCCGCCGAGGCCGAUGUCGACAUGGACACUGAAUCACUGAACGCUCCCACUGGCCCCCGCGCGAUGCGAAACGGACAGCGCGGCGGCAGAGGUGGCCGCGUGCUCGGCAAUGUCAACAGAGCGAUGGAGCGCACCGAUCCCCUUCACCGCAUCCGCCAAAACGGCAAUGAAAGAAUCAACUCUCACAACCGUCAGGGUCAGCGUGGGCGCGGCGGUCGCAUGAACCCGCGAAAUCUCCAAGCAGGUCUUGCCGCAGGCCCUCAGCAAUGGAUGAUGGGCCAAAACGGAAUGCAGCCGAGCCAGUCUGACCUCCUCGCCAUGCUCGAGCAACAAAACCAAAUGAUGUUCCAGAUUUCGCAAAUGAUGAACGGUGCACCCAAUGCACCCCCCAACGGAGGCGGCUACGCCCGCGGGCGGGGUGGCAAGUCGUUGUUCGACCGCGUGCAAGACCCGAAUCACAGACAACGGAAGCCGCAACUCGGUAAUCAAGAGACUGCUGGCGGCGAAAAUACCGAGGGCGGCGAAGAUAUGGAUAUGUCGGGCCGCGAACCUCCCAACCCAGAUGAGACAGUCUGCAAAUACAACCUGCGUUGUACCAACAAGGAAUGCAAGUUUGCGCACCAGUCGCCAGCGGCACCGCCAGGGACGUCGGUCGAUGUCAACGACCCAUGCUCCUUUGGCGCCGCCUGCAAGAACCGCAAGUGCGUCGGCCGCCACCCGUCACCAGCGACCAAGCUGGCGCACCAGAGUGAACAGGAUUGCAAAUUCUUUCCCAACUGCCAGAACGCGCAUUGCCCUUUCAAGCACCCAUCGAUGCCACUGUGUCGCAACGGCGCGCGCUGCACCACAGAAGGGUGCAAGUUCACUCACGUCAAGACCAAGUGCAGGUUCAACCCUUGCCUGAACCCUCACUGUCCCUUCACCCACGAAGAGGGUCAGCAAGGUGGCUUCAAGGACAAGGUGUGGACUGCGCAAGGCGAGCACGUCAGCGAUCGCAAGUUUGUGGAGGAUGCUGGGUCGGAGGAACUGAUUAAACCAGAUGAUGAGAUGAAACAUGAUACCAACCAGGCUGCGGAGGUCCCGGUGCAAGGAGAUGUCAUUGGGUAG